ACGAAGGAAAAACAACGAACCAGUCUCGUUCUCGCAAGAGUUUUCUUCUCCUUUUUUUUUCGACUUCCGAAAGCAAUCCGAUCCUUUCUUUAUCCCGCAAAUUUUCAAAUUCUGAUGGCGACUUCUACGAUACUAGGAUAGAUUGGAAGAAGAAGUUCCGAAAUUUUGAGUUUUUUUUAUUGAUUUUUCCUUGAAAAUGGCGAAUUUUGAAGGAUUUGAAUAGAUUAGAAGGAAUUGGGAAUUUUGUUGGUUUCGGUGAAUUUUUAUAUAGAAAAUGGCAAUUUCUUGAAGGAUUUUGGUUUAGAUUGGAAGGAUUUCUUCGAACUUGCUUGUUAAUCUAAAAUAAUAGAAUUUGAAGAUAGUUUUUCUUUUUGAUUUUAGGCGAUUUUUAUUUUUCUUUUUAUUAAUGAAUUCCGCAGUGAAAUGCGGCGCUGUUUGAAUCGUGACGAUCUGAUUUUUAUUGUUAUUUUUUAUUUUUGUAGUUAUUUUGGUGAUUUUUUGGACAGAUUGAAAAUCUGUUGAAAUUGGAAGAAUCUGAAUUUUCUAAUUUUCUUCUCCCUGUUUUUUUUUUUUUUUUUGGAUUUUGCAUUGGAGUGAUGAUCUGCUGAAUUUUGAAGUAUCGAUUUCCCUUUUUUUUUGGUGAAUUUUUUGUUUGAAGUUGAUGCGUAAGAAUGCUGAAAGGAAUAGAAAAAUCUUUCUUCGAAUUCUGUUUCGUGCAAGUGUUUUGAAUUCUUUGGUCCUGAUGGAAGUUUAGGAAGAUUUCUCUACGAGAAUUCCUAGAUCAUGAUUCUGAGGUUCGCUUCAAAAUCCUGCUGGAAGAUUUUCAUUUGCUGGUAACUGCAGUCCUGAUUCCAAAAGGAUCAUUGGAGAAGAUUAGAAGAUCUGGGUCCCAUUGCAAUCGCUUUUUUUUCUCUCAAUUCAUGGCGGAAUUCGUGUCUAUUGGUAAAUUUGAAUGCUCGUUGGGUGAAGUCAGAUUGGAUUAGAUGAUGGAUACACUUAUGGACAAUUUGACAGAACCGUCGUCUUCUUUGAGUUUUACAUCAACUUCCCAUCUAUCCAAUGGUGCGAAUAGUUACAACGUAUCCGCUUCUAGUGGGCCUGAAUCCGGCAGAUCCAAUCUUGAAAUCAUCAGUUUAAGUCGGCUCAGUUCUAAUCUAGAAAAGCUAUUGCUCGAUUCCGAUUUCGAUUGUAGCGAUGUGGAGAUUGUUGUUGAAGGCAUCCCGGUUGGUGUCCACCGAUGUAUCCUUGCUGCACGAAGUCGGUUUUUCCAUGAGCUCUUCGCUAAGGGGGGAGAUGGGUCUUCUAAGCCGGAGCGGAAACCAAAGUAUCACAUGAAUGACUUGGUGCCAGAUGGAAGGGUCGGGCACGAAGCGUUCAUUAUUUUCUUGAGUUAUUUGUAUACGGGUAAGCUAAAGCCAUCCCCACAGGAUGUAUCAACGUGUGUGGACACUUCCUGUGUGCACGAUGCUUGCCGGCCCGCUGUUAAUUUUGCUGUGGAAUUGAUGUAUGCUUCUUCAGUUUUUCAGAUAGCAGAGCUGGUUUCUCUAUUCCAGCGUCGUCUUCUCAAUUUCGUCGAGAAGGCCCUCAUCGAAGAUGUAAUACCAAUCGUUCAGGUCGCCUUCCAUUGCCAGCUGAAUCUUCUCCUCACUCACUGCAUCCAGAGAGUCGCACGGUCUGAUCUUGACAACAUCACUCUAGAGAAGGAGGCGCCACCUGAGGUCGUGGACAACAUCAAAUUACUCCGUCUCAAAUCCCAUCCAAAUGAUCCUUCUGCCCAAGUGGACCCCGUGCAAGAAAAGAGAGUCAGGAGAAUCCACAAGGCGCUGGAUUCGGAUGAUGUCGAGCUCUUAAAGCUUCUGCUGAGCGAAUCAGACAUCACCUUGGAUGACGCGAAUGCUCUUCACUAUGCAGCUGCCUACUGUGAUUCGAAGAUUGUGGCCGAGGUGCUAGAGCUAAGACUGGCAAAUGUCAACCUCAAGAAUGCUAGAGGCUAUACAGUCCUCCAUGUGGCUGCCAUGCGUAGGGAGCCAGCUGUGAUCAUGUCGUUGCUGAGGAUGGGAGCUUGUGUGUCGGAUAUAACAGCAGACGGGCAAAGCACCAUUAGUAUCUGUCGGAGGCUGACGAGGGCCAAGGAUUAUUGUGCAAAGACGGAGCAGGGGCAGGAGUCGAACAAGGACCGGAUUUGCAUCGAUAUUUUGGAGAGGGAGAUGCGGCGGAACCCGACUGAUGGGGAUGGGUCCAAUUCAUCGAUGGUGAUGGCCGACGAUCUGCACAUGAGGCUGUUGUAUCUAGAGAAUAGAGUGGCAUUUGCAAGGUUGCUUUUCCCUGCUGAAGCUAAGCUAGCAAUGAAAAUCGCACACGCAGAGACAACUUCUGAGUUCGCUGGCCUUUCUGCACCUAAGAACACAUCUGGGACCCUAAGAGAGGUUGAUCUGAAUGAGACACCUAUCGUGCAGAACAAAAGGCUCCGAUCGAGGAUGGACGCCCUCCAAAAAACAGUUGAGUUGGGUAGGCAUUAUUUCCCGCAUUGUUCGGAAGUUCUGGAUAAGUUCCUGGAAGAUGAUCUACCAGACCUGUUCUACCUUGAGCGGGGCACCCCUGAGGAGCAGAAGAUCAAGCGGAUGCGAUUCUGCGAGCUUAAAGAGGACGUCCAGAAGGCCUUCAGCAAGGACAAGGCCGAGUUCAGCCAGUCAGUGCUGUCAUCUUCAUCAUCAUCUUCAUCUUCGUUGAAGGAAAAUGUAUCAUACAAGGCCUCAAGGAAGUGAGAAAGGUACGUAGCUUAGUAGUAGCAACAGUUGUUGUAUUUUAAUCUCAUAGAGAGGAAUACAUAGGAAAAUUUUUGCAUAUUAUUACAUAAUCCCGUGUCUGAGAAGCGAUUGAAGAA